UUUUAAUUAAAUUGACAUUUCUGAAUAUUAUGUUCCAGAUGUCGCAUUAGUCAAUGUUUAUAUCAUUCAUCUACGUGUGUUAUCAAGAUUAUCAUUAUCAAAAUAUCAAAAUAUCGAUUGUUUCUUGCAUUUCUCUUAAAUUUAGUCAUGGGAAAAAGAUAUUAUUGUGCCUAUUGUGAUAGAUCCUUUAAAGAUGAUCCAGAGGCUAGAAAAAAGCAUCUUUCUAGUUUACAGCAUGCCAAAAACCGUGCAGAUCAUUAUAAUAUGUUCAAAGAUCCAGAGGUUAUAUUGAGAGAAGAGUCCACAAAAACACCAUGCAAACGUUAUUUAACUAUCGGUGACUGUGCAUUUGGUCCGGGAUGUAGAUAUUCUCAUUAUACUCCACCUAUGAUAUGGGAGCUUCAGCGACUGGUUGCCAUAAAACAACAAUCAAAGCUAAAUGUUAUGCCAGAGCAUGGCUGGCCAAACCCAGAUGACAUAAUUAAAGAAUAUUUCCAAGAUACCAUGAAUUCAAAUAAUACAGAGGAAAUUAAUUAUCCAAUGUGGCACAGACCAUUAGAAUUACAUGAUUAUUCCAUGCUGCCACCAUCGUUAUGGCCUAUUACACCAGAAAGCUUAGAAAAUACCUCUACUUUCAAGGAAUGGGGUUAAAAAUAAAAAGCCAUGAAAUAUAAUAUAAAUUUAUUAACACCAAACAAAAAUGUAUUGAUUUUCAUAUAAGAUUGAAAUUUACUAUAAAUAAAUAGAAAAAUAUAUGAAUUAAA